GACGCUGAGUGGCGUGCCCGAUGCCGUGGACCGUUGGAAAGCUGGAAGAAGGAAGCAAAGAUGUCUGAGGGUCCGUCCAAGAUAUCUGGUCCCAUUCCACCAGACCCAACACUCUUCCCAGAUUUCUACAAGCGUCCAAUGUCAGCUCGGGGUCGGCUAGAAGGGAAUAGCUUAAAACUAGACUUCCUUUUGGGACCAUUAGCCCCUGAUCCCACCUUGUACCCCUCAUGCUACAGUGCCCGCCCAUCGCAGCCAGGUCCACGUGUGCGUUCGAAUGCCAGAGAGAUCCUGGAGAGAGGGCAAAAGGGCUCUGUCGGCAUGCUGUUGCAGCUGGAAGGAGCAUCGUUAUAUCGACCAUUGUCACCAAAAAAGAAAGAAUUGAAAGAUCAUGAAAAGGAGAAUGUGAGGCGCAUACGGGAAAUUCAGAAGAAAUGCAGGGAGAAGGACCAAGAGCGAGAACUGAGUGGCCCCAAACCUGUUAAAGCGCUGUGGAAGUCCCAGAAAUAUGAAUCCAUUCCCUCAAAAGUGAUGGCACAGUUACAGGAGAGUUCACCCCCUCAACAUUCUGAAAGUCAGCAUUAUCUUAAAGCACACUCAAGAUGUGGGACAGGCAUUUGCCCAAAGCGAUCCUCGUUACCUAUUCCACCAAAAUCAGAGAGUUGUGCUGAAAUCGCAGAAAGCGAUAACAGAGAGAUUCAUGUCAAAGGUGUUAAUAUUGAUUUUGUAAAGCAUAAUGCUCAGAAUGCAAGGAGAAUGCCAGUGCGACGCUCCAAAUCUCUGCAGUCACUUACAGAAGUGCUUGACAGGAAAGAGAAGGAACAGCAGGAAUAUAUAAGCAAGAACAAAGGCCAGCUUCCUCAGUAUUUGAUUGAUCGGAGAAAUCAAUGGCGUAAAGAGGCAGAGGAACGACAGAAGAAUAUCCCUGAUCCGAGCAUGCCUCCUGGACAUACUAGGAUGCCAGAAAAUGAACGUUUGGAAACACUUCAUUCCCUGCAACAAACCCAACAACAGCUGACCAAGCAACUGCUGAUGUUCCCUGUAAGAGUGGAUACCAUUGGCAUGCGGAAUCGACGUACCGACCUUGAAAAGAAGUUGGCUGAAAUUGAAGAAGCCAUUAAAAUAUUUUCACGGCCAAAAGUUUUCAUCAAAACCAAUGACUGAGCAACUCAGAGAGACUUCCAGCUGAAAGCUACUUGAUGUCAAUAUGAGCUGAUCCUGUUGGGAACAAGAUGUUCAUGAAUUGUGGAUCUGUUCCUAACUUCUUCAGGCAUGUAAAUAAGUAAACUGUCAGAUUUUUAUCAAUAUAAUUA